GGAUUCUACCAUCUUCCGCCGACCUCCUCGGAGAGAUAGAUAUAAUGACAGUCAGCUCAACUCAUCCAACCGACCAACCAACCAACCAGAGCGCCACAUUUGCUGGUGUCUUUUGUGCGCUCCACGACGGCGGUUCAAUUAUCCACUAGUUACAAUCAGCAUCUCGGUUCUAUGAGACGUGGCUGCUGCAAUACUACCUCCUCCCGAUUUAAAACCGCGCCGCGGUUUGUGUCAGUUCUUUAUUUAUUUAUUUUUUUCUGCUUCUCCGUUCCCAUCUGUAUGUGUCGGUGUGUGUUUGUGUGUAAUCUUGCUCCGAGGAGGGUAAGCUGUUAUUGACCGGCUUUGUUUGACUUACAACACCCUUCACAGUUAGUCGCGGAAUUGACGCCACGCAGGAUGUAUAGUUAGUUAGUUGUUUGUGACAGGAAUGGUUGACACUGGAAUUCGGUGGAUAACACACAAGUGAGUGAGUGAUGAGUGUUCGAUUGAUUACAACGUGUGUGCAGAUCAUCGUGUCACGUCGGACGUGAUUUGUGAAAUAACGUUUAUCCCCAACUCGGCGGAAAGCUGACGCAAGAAGUGACGAACCCCUUAGAUCAUUUCUAACUAUAAAUACUAUUUGUUUGCUCAAUUUAUUUGCUACGGAACAUCUCGGUUAAUGGUGAUGUGCAUGUGCCUGCAAACAGCUGCAGGAUUGUCCAAAUUUCCGGCCUGUGCGGUAGAAGAUUUUGUUCGCGUCGGCCAAUUUGUAACGGAAGAAGAAGACGAAGUGUCAUAGAUUAUCCGGGGGCCAUGAUCAGGUGGCAUGAAAUUAACACCUUCCUGGAUGCCGUUCGGUUGCUUCUUGCUGGUUUGUCGUUGCGGUGAAGGCGGAAUACCAAUCGAAUGCGCUUGAUCGAUCGAUCGAUCGAUCUGAAAUUCAGGUCGAGUGUUUGUCAAGUGGAAGAAACCUAGUGAUCACCGAAACGAAAGCCGUGUGUGUGAGUGCUCAGUGCGAAUCGUGCAAUGAAUCGUUGAAAAUUGUCCGGAGCAGUUUUUCAGUGAAAUUGAACUCCACUUUUUGGUGAUUGAUUGAUGGUUAUAUUUUUUUUUCGGUGUUGAUGCUGUUUAAGUGAGGUAGUAAUGGGAACAGACAUGGGUAUGGCGGAUGAACUGGAUCGAAUACCAAGUACUACCUUGGCAGCCCUGAGGGGCAUCCUAGUCAAAUCGCUGUCGCGAGAGAAUCUAAGUCUGACCGAUCAACAGCUGGUGUACCGCAAGGAUCGCCAUGUGUCCUUCAAUGUUGCUGGAAACAGGGAUGCAAACGUACAAAAACAAACGAGGCCAUCGUCUGCCAAUAAAGACAAACGUCCACACUCCGUAGCUCACACUUUGCAUUGGUUUGCCUGCGUGGGCGAGGAUUACGAUAUGGUUGAUGGUGGUAUCAAUAACGAAGAAGAACAACAAAAGGAACGCGAAGAGCGAAUAAAGCAGAUCAAGGAACGCCAAAAUGAGGAACGACAGCGAAAGCUAGAGGAGCUGAAGGCACAGGCACUGGCCGCGCAGAAAUUCCGGGAACAGAAGGAAGAGGAACGCCGGCGCCGAAUGGAGGACCUGCGGAAGCGCGAGAACGACCGGCGCUCACAGGUCGAGGAGCGGCGGCGUGCGAUACAGGAAGCGGACAACGAACGGCGACAGUACAUACUGCAGAAGAACCAGGAACGGGAUCAGCGCAUGGAGACAAAGCGGCGCAACGAGCGCAGUUCGAUACAGUUCGCGUUCGGUUCGUCGACACCGCGCAUGAUCGAAUCCGGCGACAGUGGCAUGAGCAGUUCGUUCUGGACUAACCGAAGAGCAACAUCCAUCACGAAUGUAGCGUACACCGGGGCACCACUGACGCGUCGUAGCUCCGAACGGGAAUUGACCGACGGAAGCUCCAAGAAACGCGCUACCUCCGCCAGUGGUUUAGACAGAUCGACCGACGACAUGCGACGAAUGUCCAGUUCCAUGUACGAGGUAUUCAAUUGGGCCCAAACUAGCGAGUGCCCGAAAAAGUUGACCCUCUCGCUGGCCGGGGCCGGUAUCAACAUUGACGAGCCGCCGUCCAGUGCGGAACGAGCGGCCGCUGCUGCCGUCAGUGCCAGAAGGGACGAUUCGGCCGAAAUGAGCUACCAGCGUACCGUCAAUCGACGCAAAACCGAUCUUAUGCCCACCAUUCCUAGUCCUCGCGAUAGCUCUAGAUCAUCUUUCGGCACUCACACUCCCAGAACACCAGGUCGAGCCUUCUCGAUGACACGCUUGGACCAGUUGGCCCAACCGCGCCGCCGCAAUGGCGAACACAUCAGUGCAAUUGUCGAACGCGAACGCCGCCAGGCUCUGGAGUUGGAGAAUCUGACGCGGCUUUCGCUGUCCUCGUCCCGUUCGUCUCCGACGGCCGAUGGUUCGAGCAAGCGUAUGUCACGCAGUAUGUCCCAGUUGGUGAGUAGCAGCUCCAGCAACAGUGCGGUCAAGUACCGCAACCAAUCGCAGGAAAGACACUUGGGCGGCCGAGCCGGACGCAAGUCCUCCUUUAACUCAUCGUCACUGCUCGGCGAAACACUGAUGGGCCGUUCGGAUACCUCCAAGAGUAUGUCCCAGCUGAACACGGCCGGACGCGUCCCGCGGAUUACCAAAACCGAACGUCUCCGGCAGCAGGUUCGCGAACAGCUCAAUGGUUCCGCCCAGAUGACAACAACGCAUACACUGUCGAUUUCGAUGACCGCAACAGGUUUGCGCUCCGGUGAAAUCACGCCCAACAGCCUGAAUGCUUCGCGCCCUGGCAGUGCAAUGUCCAGUUCAACGACCGCCUCCGGAGUCGUGUACCGACGAUCGAUGCCAGCCGCCACCAGUCAUCCCCGGAAACCGCGUCCCUUCUCCAUUGCCGUCACGGGAGUUUCGGCAGGCGUGAAAGAAGAGAAACCUCCACUUCCGAAAACGUCCGCCGUCGCCAGUUCCACCGCCAUGGAACGCAAACGCUCCCAGAGUGGCACAAGCACACCGGUUAAGCCACCAACCGGCCCGGACAGUGGCAAGAAGCAAUCGGCGGAGAAGCAGCGUAUCAGCAGUGCUCGGGGUACUCCGAAGGCAUCGUCGACACCGCUCCAGUCUCCCGGACCGGAGAAGGCCAACCGAACCAUGCAGGAAAGUUUACAGCAUAAGCAACCGACGGCGGUGGCGGUACCACCGGUCAGUUUGGUGAAGCAAGGAUCGUCGGCUAGCGUGAAGAGUACCGAGGAAAAGGUCGAAAAUAUUGCGCCAAAGCAGUCCGUCGAAACCGUUGUUGUACAGUCCGAAACCGUUACCACAGUGGUUGAACAGGUUGAACAGCAACAGCAGCAAACAACUGUUACUGAAAUCCAGAUACAAGAAUCAAAGGUUGAAUCGGAGAUAGUGGACAAUCUGCCACAGUCACAGAACCAGUUGGAAGUCAGUAGUCACGAGGAGAAGCAAGACGAAACAAAAGACACUAACAGCUUGGAACCCGAACUUGCAAACGGUGAUGGUUCGAACGUAGAUCUGAUGACAGCAUCAAUGAUAGCGAAACGCAUCACCACCGAAGAGGAAGCUAAGGCAGCCCUCGCCGAACGUCGUCGGUUGGCUCGCGAGGAAGCCGAACGGCAGGCUGAGCUGGAACGGCAACGAAUCGCAGCCGAAGAGGAAGCCGAGCGGAACCGCCAGUUGGAGGAAGAAGAACGGCUCCAUAAGCUCGAGGAGGAAACGAUUCGUCUGGCGGAAGAGCAGCGUCGUUUGGAGGAGGAACGCUUGCAGCAGGCUAUCGAGGAAGCCAAAAAGCGCGAAGAAGAGGACCGCCAGCGGCGCGAAGAAGAAGCCCGCCAGAAGGUGGAACGCGAGGAAUCGGAGCGCAAGGCCCGCGAGGAAGCCGAACGGCAGCGUAUCGAAAUGGCCGAAAGACUUAAGAAGGAAGAGAAGGAACGCGAGGAACGACGAAAGCGCGUCGAAGCGAUUAUGUCCCGGACCCGCACCAAGGGCAGUGCUAAUAAUACGCCUACUAAGCAAUCCGAUGAUAACAAAGAUGAUGUUAUGAGCAAAAGUGAAAUUGUAACAUCAAGUUCGACAGGAGCGGAAAACGCAGACUCAACGAUGUCGAUGGCCGAGUCAAUGUUUGAAGCAGUAGAACACCAUCACCAACAGCAACCGGAGGUGGAUUCUGGCUCAGAAGGACCAGUCGAGGCAAAUGAACAGUCGGAUCAACUGGUGAAAGAUGUCCAGGUACUGUCACUGGUUGAAGAAGGCGAUGAACAGAACCAACAGAAUAACAACAGCGACAGUAGUCUAAACAGUAACCACAACAACAACAACAACAACAACAACAAUAAUAACAACGCUAUUAUCAACAACACCAGCGCCGAGUAUGAGCGUUCGGUGACGGAGAAGGAGAACCUUCUGCUAGGUAGCUUUAACAACAAUUUGAACAGCAACGCAGUCACCAGCAAUGGUGGUGAUGAUGGUGGUGUUGACGGCGGUGACAGUGAUAUUGGCAGCAGUCAGCAACCUUCCUCGCUCGAAUCUAGCUCGGCGCCCGCCGUGACAGUGACCACCAAUGGGAAAACGACCCCGGGUGCGACGACGAUCACCGAGACGACCGAACUGAUCAUCGAGGAUGCGAUCAUGAGCGGCCAGACGAACGGUCACAAGAACGGCAGUAUUGAUAAUGUGUUUACGCAAAUCCCUUCGGCUGUAGAGGGUUCUCCGAAAUUUCUAGCGCAUUUCGACACCAACAGUCACAAUGAAGAUCUUGCGCUCCUGCCAGCAGCCGCCGACAUCAUAGAAAGCAGUGAAAAUGACUCCAAAUUGGACACAUCCGCCACCAAUACAACGGCGACUGCCGCCACCGACCAGUUGAUCGAUUUUGCAAAUUUCCAAUCGAUGACCGAUGAAAACAUACAACUGCAAAAUGUGGCCACUGUCGAUGAUGAUCCGUUCAAUCUGAACAACAAUAACGCAAUCAGCACCGAAAAUUUAAUCGAUAGCAGUAGCUUUGAUACCUCAUCCACCCCAACCGCCGCAUCUUUGUUCACCGGCAACGAUAUCAAUCUGAUUAGUAAUAGCAAUUUCCUAAACAAUAAUGCAUCGAGGCUAGUCGCAACAUCCGACAGUCAAGACAACCGAGACUUGUCGCUCUUGUAAAUGAGUAAGUUAAUGCUAAAUGGAAACCGGCGGAACCGUCCGCCGUCGCCGCCCUCCCUUCUUACGCAACCUACCAGGAAUGGCCGGGCAAAACUAUAGGCUAGGAUUUAUUUCGACACAUAGGAGAAACGAUCGAGUAGAGAGAGAGAGGGUGUUGGUGUCAAGUGGCUGCAUUUAUGCUUAUCGCCGUUGUUCUGGAAUAUAUCUACUUGCAAUAGUCACGACAAUUAUUAUAGUAUCAUAGUAUCGAACGAAGCAAACCAAGUAAAGAAACCUGUGGAAAUGACUUUAGUACUGUGGUGAUUGUUGAGCAUGAUCGUUUGAAUGUUCCGACUAGGAUCUAAGAAUAGUGCAGUUUGUAAACGAGAAGCGUAUUUUAAAUAAGCUAACGGCGCUCAUUGACUUUCUUCGGCGGAAGAAAUAUGACAAGGAUUGCGCUCGCCUUUUCUCGUUGCUUCUACAGAGCUUAAUUGAAGAGUCUUUUAUUCACGAUCUUGAUCCUUAGGAAGCUGUUUGUUUACUUUACCCAUUGUUCCGUGAUAAACAACAUUUGGUAUAAAAUCCGGUACUCUCUGAUGCAAGUUUUUAAACAGUAAUCAAAUUGUAUGCAUCAAAGUUAUCAGGUGAAAUGUGUUGCUUCUUUAUAUAUUUUUUGUAAAGUCCUUUUGAUAUUUUUUUCUAGCAGAAUCACUUCUAGUGAUUCGUUUCCUUGUGGUAUUUACUAUAAAUAAAGACCCAUUUUCCCAGAAAACGUCACAAUGAUUAGUCAGAACGCAAAGCCACGACAGAAAGUGUCCCUUUCAUUCGAUUCGAUUGACUGGCCAUAAUGUUCGAAAAAUCGAUUCCUUGGAGAUUACUUGCUUGCUUUCCAUUGAGAAUAAUUUCGUCAUUGCCGGCAGGUGCUAUUUUGCAGAUUGAAGAAGGGAGAAUUGAGUAAAUAAAUUCUAGUUAAAAAUAUGACAUCAACAAAAAAAAACCCCCAGUAGUAAACAAAGGAGAACUUCCUCACUAUUUUUGGAUACCACUUGCUAUCGUCUGGCUAGCUUGAAACAAAGAACACAAACAAAAGCUUCGCAUAAAACAAACAAAAAAACACAGAUUCCUAUACUGGUUCUACACAUUUUCCUCAAAAUUAAUGACAAACCAAGAAAUGUCACAACCAAAACAAUAAACCCGAUAAGCGAAACUAAGCCGAAGUAAUAUAUUGUUACAUAUUAUAUCAAUGUUGAUAAAUUUGAAUAAUACCUAUCUAAUUGACUAUUAUUAUAAUCAUUGGAUUAUUACAAUUUACCGCCUCCUGUAUCGGCUGGCUGAGCAUACCCGAGUGCAGGAGGAAACACUAACACACCUAAAUUACACAUUAUCAAGACAAAGCAAGAAAGAAUAAAAAAAUGCGUUAGAGAUGGUGGUGAAAUGAAACAGAAUCAAAUCAUUGAGUUUAGUUUGACUAUUAUUAUUUAAGACAUGCGAAGCAAACCAUAAAGCCUGCAGUGCAUUGCCGCUGUGACUUUAAAACGAUAAAAUAGAAAUGUUUAAAUUAAUGAUUAAUGAAUUCUAGUAUUCUAAUCUGUUAAAUUAUGUAUAAAACACAAAUGAAAAUGAAAGAAAAACGGGAAAAAAGAACCAUCAUAAUGUAAUUUAAAUAAUAAUUGAUAACACUAACAUCCAUACACGAAACACACACACCCACACACUCUUGGAGAUAGCCAAUAACAGCAAAAAAGAAGAAAACUAAAAGCAACACCGACACGAACGGAUUAAGAAAGUCAUUAAACUCAGCUGACAUCCCGUCACUCUGAGCUAGCAGUAAACACAAAACCUCAUUGUUGAGAUGGAAAACAAAACUAUUAAUCUUAAAUUAUGAUUCGUUUUUUUGAAGGAGGUGUUUAAUCCGACUCAAAUGUGUUUUUGAUUUUGCGUUUAAGAAUGUAGCAAAGGUAUGAAAGUGCUAUUACACUGGAACCAUUGGUUGGACCGGCAUUAGAAUUAAUUCCUUAGUUCUAGUAGCGGACGGAUGGACGAAUGCGAUCCGCCGUGGUUGGUUUUCACGCAAGCUGAUGCAGCUGAUGCAUUAUUUCCUGCUGCUUGCUGCAUCAUAAUGCAAUCAAGUAAAUGCAAAUUUUGACAAUUCAACUUUAAUCUGUGUGUGUAAUUCUUUUUGUCCAGUAACUGCAGAAAAGUAUAUAAUCAAACCCGAUAUUUAUUCCGCGACAUUUUGAUAAACGUAAUAACAUUGGACGAACAUUUCAAUUUAGCACUACAAAAAAAAAAGAUCAUACGAGAAAUAUAUCCGUCUCGGAUUCCAAGGUUGUUAACAUUGAAAACGUAGAUAUGUAAUCUAUUUUGACUCGUCGUGUGGUGUCUGUACAGAAAAAAAAGAAACGAUGCGCAAGAGAAACGGGAGCAUUAGUGGAAAACAAAUCCAUUUUGGAACUUGAGAAAUUUGGUAAGGACGUCGUCGUUUGUUGAUUGGGCAGAAAAGAUGGAUCCACCAAUAAUUAACAACAAUAAAUGAAAAUGACACAAACACACAGUGAUUGGAAAAAAGAAGAUUAUGAUGAAAGAUACCUAAACGAUAGUAGAUACAAAGAGAGAGAGGGAUGUAAGCGGAAACAAGAAGAUUGAUAAUACUAUUAAUGCUUGUAAUAAAUGCUUUAUAUAUAAAAUAUAUAAAACCAAUAAAAAUAUUUAAACAUUU